AUGACAACAACGUCGACUACUAAUACAACUACCGUUAUAACAGCAACAACAACAAUAACAACAGCAACAACAACAACAACAACUACUACUACUACUGUUGCUAAUAAUGUGACUAAAACAAUUCCAGACACUUGUAGUUGCCAAUGUCAAUGUCCUCAUGAUGCUGUCCAACCUCAAAUUCACGGUGCUACAGUAAAUUAUCAGUAUUUACCAAUGCCCCAUCAACAAAUUGACCGACGACAUCGAUGA